AUGAAAUUCUCCUCUCUUCUCCUUUCCCUCACGACCUUUGGUGCUGCCAGUGUCAUGGCCUUCCCAGUCGCCAAUGGUGCAAGGGAUCUCCAGCCUGUUCGCCGAUCUGAGGCCCCAACGGCCACUGCUACUCCAAGUGCCACGGCUACCUCGACGGAAUCGAGUGUGUCGAGUGUGACUGAGACUGCGACAUCGUCCAGUGCUGAGCCUACUGAAACUGGGACGUACCUCUACUCGACCAUCACGGAUUCAGAUGCUUCCGCCCCACAACCAACCACUCGCACAACGACAUCAUCCUCGAGCACAUCUACGACUACCGAGACUCAGAUGCCCCAAGAGACGGCAAGUAUCUUCUUAUUCGACAGCGUGUCCAGCUCUGGAUCUUCGAGAAAUGUCGACCUCUCGCGCGCCGUAGUCGUGCGUGUGCGAGAAACCGUAGUCAUUCGUGAACAAAUUAUUGUCGAACGUCCAAUCCUCGUGGCCGUGCAGCUCAAUGUCCGCGUCCAACAAACCAUCAUCGUGAAUCACAUCACCAACGUCUUCCAAAGCCGCUUUGACAACUGGGACAUCAACGUCGUCAACCAGCUCGCCUUGAUCAUCGCCCAGCAGUUUGGCGUCCUCAGCCGUGCCGGCAAUCGUGGAUUCGACCGCAUUGACAGUCGCCAGUUUAACGCGUUUGUCGAACGAUUCGUCCAGCAGUUCCAGGUGUUCCAACAGAUUCGUCUUGUCGACGUGCAGAAGUUUAUUGUUGUCGUGCAACGAUUCGAUAUCAACCAGUUGGCAAGCUUCUUCGGAAGGUCGCAGCUCUUGUUCAGCCAGAACACAUUUGAUCGAUUCAACGUCAACAACGACUUUGGCGUUUUCGUUCAGCAGCUCUCCAAUAUGCUGUUCUUGAUCCAAUCUGGUGCUUUCGAUAGCGAUGGCAUCUUCAGCCUCGAUGGUGUAACACUCAUCGACGGAGGACUAAACUUGGGCCGAUCGAGUCUCCAAGUGUAA